AUGGCGCAAACUAAUGGGAGGGUCAUGAAGGAGGGAGCACUGUCUUACGAUGACCCACAGGACACUGGUGUCCUAACUGAAGGACACUGUCGACUUAAAAUGAAUAUUCUGCCGGUACUCCUCGCUGUUCUGUGUUUCAGCAUAAUGCAGGAUAACACUCAGGGUUUUAAUGUUGGGAUUUCGGGAGCAAAGAUCUUCUCAGUAUCAGCAGAGCAGUUUGGUUACUCUGUUAAACAGUUCAACAACAGUCAAGGAAAAUGGCUCCUCGUGGGUUCACCUUGGAAAGGAUACCCUCAGAAUCGGAAGGGAGAAAUCUAUAAGUGUGAGAUUAACCACCCUGGAGUCAGCUGUGAGUCACUUGACCUACAGAAUUCUGUCAGUGUGCCAAACAUCUCCAACAGCAACAACAUCAACAUGAGUCUAGGUCUAACUCUGAUUCCAACAACCAAAGACAGCGGCUUUAUGACGUGUGGUCCUCUGUGGGCUCAGCAUUGCGGAAGUCAGUACUUUUACCCAGGAGUCUGUGCUGACGUGAGUCCACAGUUUAAGCUCCAAUCAGCCUUCCCUCCUGCCAUUAAAACUUGUGGCAGUCUAACGGACAUCGCAAUAGUUUUGGAUGGAUCCAACAGUAUACGCGCAUGGGAACAAAUCCUCGCUUUCCUUAAGAAAAUGCUGGAAAAUUUUGAUAUUGGACCUCAAAGCACUCAGGUGACUGUGCUGCAGUAUGCUGUUGACACCUCGUUCGAGUUCUACCUGAAUUCCCAUCAGACGAAAGAGUCCAUGAUUAAAGCAGCUUCAAAUAUUCAGCAGAAACUUGGAAUAAAAACUAAUACUUUCACAGCCAUUGAUUUUGCCAGAGAGAAUGCAUUCCUAGCCAAAAAUGGAGGCCGUCCUGGGGCCAAUAAAGUGAUGGUGGUGGUAACUGAUGGAGAGUCACAUGAUUUAGUUCUGAGGAACACAGUUAUCCCAGCCUGUGAGAGCCAAAAUAUCUCUCGCUUUGCUGUUGCGGUGCUUGGACAUUACAUAAAGAGUGAUCUUUACACAAGCGAAUUCGUCGCAGAGAUUAAGUCAAUAGCCAGCAAUUCAACCGAGAAAUACUUUUUCAAUGUGUCUGAGGAGGCGGAACUUAUAGAGAUCGUCGGGGCUCUUGGAGAUCGUAUCUUCAACAUUGAAGGUAUUGGGGAUAAUUUCAAAAUGGAAAUGUCCCAAGUGGGGUUCAGCGCACACCAGACCAGAAAUAAGGAUCUGAUCUUACUGGGAGCAGUUGGAGCAUAUAAUUGGAUUGGCACUGUUGUGCACCACACUGCCCAGAAAUCAAAUGUUUUGCCCAAAACUGCUUUUGAGAAAGUCUUGGAUGAUAGAAACCACAGCUCAUUACUUGGAUACUCUGUCACGUCUGUAAUCGACGGCUCGUCUGAGUUUUAUGUGGCCGGUGCUCCUCGUGCCGCUCAUAGAGGACAGGUCAUAGUUUACAGUAUCAACAGCCAGAAUCAGCCGGUCAUCGUAGAUUCACAGAGAGGAGAUCAGAUCGGCUCUUAUUUUGGCAGCGUUCUCUGUCCUGUUGAUGUGGACGCUGAUGGUGUGACUGAUCUGCUGCUGGUCGGAGCUCCGAUGUACAUGAGCGAGGAGAAAUUUGAAACCGGAAGAGUCUACCUCUUCACCAUUAACAAGGGUGUCUUGAGUAACCAGGGUUUCUUGGAGGGUUCUCUGAAAAAUGCUCGGUUUGGGACAGCCAUCACUGUCAUCCGCGAUCUAAACCAGGAUGGCUUCAGUGAUGUGGUGGUUGGUGCUCCGCUGGAAGGCAAUGGCCAAGGUGCCAUUUACAUCUACUAUGGAGACAGAAAAACCAUCAGAAAGCAGAGCUCACAGAAAAUUGUUGGAACGAACCUGGACCCAGCGUUGAAGUUCUUCGGCCGCUCUCUGGACAGCAGCAGCGAUAUGAACAAAGACUUUAUCCCAGAUGUGGCAGUGGGGGCUUUUGAGAAAGUGGUCCAACUCUGGAGUAGAGGAGUUGCAGUCGUCCUGGCCAAAGUUUUCUUCACCCCUGACAAGAUCAGUAUCCUGAGUAAACCAUGUCACUAUAGCGGGAGGCAAGUGUCCUGCUUCAAAGCUAAAGUGUGUUUCAGAGCAACAUUUAAACCAGCAAGUCCACUGGGGCCAGUGGAUAUCAAGUACAACUUGACCCUGGAUGCCGACCUACAGUCAUCUCGGGUCAGCCCUAGAGGUCAUUUCAACAACUUGGAUCGAGUCGUCCAGAAAGACAUCAGCGUAUCUGUGCAGGACUUAUGUGAAGAGCAUGACGUGUAUGUGCAGGAGACCCCUGACCUUGUCAACUCGAUUGCUUUGCGUGUGGACAUAGUUGUCAGCCAUCCAGACGCCAACCCCGUUCUGGAUGUCUUCAGUACUACUGCAUGGGAGUUUUUUAUGCCGUUCUCAAAGGACUGUGGUCAAGAUGACGUUUGCUUCAGUGACUUGGUUCUGACUGUGCAGAGUGAAGAGAGACUCAGCAAAACUCAACUGGUGGUCAGCCAGAACAAGAGAAGUCUCUCCUUCACUGUGACUGUGAUGAACAGGAAGGAAAAUGCGUACAAUGCUCGAGUGUCUAGCCGCUACUCCAGUAACCUGUUCUAUGCUUCUGUUACACCACAGACUGAAGGAGCAGAGGUGAAGUGCACUCUAAUGAAAGAAUCAGACACACUUAUCUGCCAAGUUAGUUAUCCAGUGCUGAGGACGGACCAAUCGGUUACAUUUGUGGUCAACUUUGAAUUUAACUUGAAUCAGCUUAAAAAAAAUGCCAAUGUUGUCUUCGAAGCUUUAAGUGACAGCACAGAGGAAACUCCAGCUGAUAAUAAGAUCUCCGUCUCCAUUCCUGUCCAAUACAACUCUGAGAUUAUCCUCAGCAGAGAAUCAAAACUAGAUGCUUAUUUACUUGAAAAAGAUAACAAUUACACAACCACAGUGAGGAAUUUCAAGGACAUCGGCCCAGAUUUUAACUUUAAUUUAAAGGUUUCUACAGGAACUGUCCCAGUCAGCCUGGUUUACCUCAAUGUCUCGCUGCCCAACAGCACUAGAGCAGGAAAUCCUCUCCUCUACAUAACCAGCAUUAAAACAUCACCUGCUGAAAACAUCCAUUGUGCAGGCAGUCAUCUGAUCGACCAGUUUAAUAUAACUGAAAAACCUUAUCCAGCCCGAUUCACAGAGGAGUGUUUCAGGGGAACAGAUGAACUGAACUGCAAAACAGCCACAUGUCGCUCAGUUCAGUGUGUCCUGAAGGACCUGGAGGAGAAGAAUGAUUAUUAUGUGGAUGUAACGACAAACAUAUGGAGUGGUACAUUUGCGAUGGCUGAUUUUCUGUACACUGUCAUCUCUGUGACAGCUGAGAUAGAGACAUCUCAACCAGAGCUGCUGUUCAUCGAAAAGAAAGAUCUGCAGGUUAAAGUCCAAGUGAGCAAACCUGGAGCUAAAGGGGACGUUCCAGUGGGCGCCAUCAUAGGGAGCGUUAUCGGCGGUCUGUUGGUAUUGGCUCUUGUCAUCGCAUUUCUUUGGAAGCUUGGAUUCUUCGAGAGGAUUUAUCAACCGAUGAAGAACGUGGCUGAGGUUGAAGAAGAAAACCAGGAACUGCAGGAAAACAGCGAGACACUUUAAGAAAUCUGUCGAGUCUCAUUCAGCAUUAUCACUGCUUCCUUCUCUAAGAGCAGACUGGGCUUUCAAAAAAUGUCAAUUUGAUUUUAGUGCAGCAAGUGAAACACUGGCAUCCAAAGGAGGACUGUCCAAGCUUUGUAUUUUUUCAAUAAAAACCUAUUGAUGCUUCAUGAGAUUUACUGUAGCUCAUAUACUAGUUAACAGUUCAACUUUGUUUUGUAUCUUUCCCAGUUUCCCCCACAAACACUCCUUGUUCUCUUUCCAGCACGGAUCCCGAGACUCUGGGUAGAACAUCAAUUCAUUAUUUUGUAUGAAAUAUUUACACUAUAAAUAAUACCAGUGUUAUUAUUACAUGAAACAAAUAUAUUUAAACGACAUGAAUAAGUUACAGUUUCUAAAGUAUGCCAUAAACAUUAUCUUUCCAAUUAACAAUUUUAAGACAUAUAAUAAAUUAUAUAAACCAUGAACAUUUUCAUACAACUAUAUUGCAUAAUAUGAAAAGGAACAAAAAUAUGUAUUAAUAAAACUUAUUUAUACUACUACGAUUAGUAUUUUUACGUCAAAAUGUGUUAUAUAUCUUAUAUGUAAAAAAUAAAAUAUACUGGUGAACUGAGUGGCAGAAUAAAUCUAAUCUGUUUGAUUAUAAUGGGAGCUUUUAAUAGUUUUAUCGCUUUGAUGACAUAGUCAGUUUACGACUGAAACUGAGACCAAAACAUUCGAGUUCACUGAAUGCAAGGAAUGAUUACGUCACGUGAUUCGUUGUGUAUUUUCGCCUUGCAUGUGGCUGAUCAGAGAAUAUAAUUGAAUAACCGAUAUCAAAAGCAGGCUUGUCUCGAUAUCCAUGUAUAUGUAUUGGACGCGCACAUGUAAACUUCAACCCCUCUCGCCACGUGGGUCUGUUUUCUUCCUGAGAGCUCAAAUCCAAUUGGCUUUGCCACAGGUCACAUGACUCGCGGAAACAGUCACAUGCCGUUCAAUCAACCUCGUGACCGUUUAAUAUUACAUUUUAUAAUUUCGUACUCCUUCUAAGUCUUAAUUGAGCUUUUAUCAUUAAAACCAGCGAUAUAAUUUAACCCCUUCCUGAAAUGAGCUCUGCAUUCCCUCUCUUCCCCAACAGAUGUCUCCAAAUACACAUAUCAAACCGAGCCAUUCAGCUGUUCACAGUUAAUGUAUCCCCAGAUGCUGUAUAAGGUAUAAAAUAUUUUUUAUGGUGGUUACUAUAUUUGUUGACUCAUGUAAUGCCUCAUGGGCAUAUGUAACCAUUAAAGCUAUCAGUAUACAAUAUUUUUGUUUUAAAUACAACAGAUCAAACGCUCGUUUCGCCUUUAUUGAACAGCCGAUGGCUGGUUUUGUUCAGUAAGACAGUGCUGGUGUGGCAUUCGAUCAAUCCAGUGACAUCUGCAACCACAGACCACAGCUGUGCAACGUAUGGCCCUGUUUCACAGGCAUUGUUAUUAACAACGUGUGGUAGGAGACACUUAUAAAGUCGUGCAUUUCUCCCAAUUUUCCGACAGGGACAGCAGGGCAGCAGCGUCCACCUCAUGUCUGGCAAGCCGUUUGAUCAUUUCUGUUUUAUGUUACGGGUAGGCCUACUAGUUUGUUUUUAACCACUACUAGAUUAAUUAAUCUGAUAGUGAGUAUAAUAUUUAUAUGUAAAACAAAUGUAAAGUGAGAUAAGAAACGCUACUGACAUAUAGGC